GCGGACCCACCGAGCGUAUCCGUCCGUCUCCGCCUGAAUAAGUCGCCGACAAGUCAUUGGAAGAAGAGGAUUCAUGGAAGGAUGGUGGGGAGUUGUGGGAUAUAGAAAACAGUUAUGAUAGUCGCAGUCGUUGUUGGAAGCGAAAAGAAAAGCAAGAGUUGUACCGUAGGACUCUGUCGUCGUGAUGGUGUUGCGUUGCUUGGCAGGGAAAACAAAUGGAACGUGGAACCUCGUGAUCAGCCAUCCCGAACGGGCUCGCGGGUGUUGUGACUUGUCGCGCCUGGCCUCAUUUCCCAGGCCUCCCACAAGCAAAACCAAAUUCCAAGCAGACGAAGAACUGCUGACAGGGAUAGCCCUAGCAAAACCGGCUUUGGCCUCCACACAACCCCCGAGUGGAUCUUCUGGGAUGGACACUGACAGUGGAUCCCCUUUUUACGGUGGCAAUGUGAAGUUAAAACAACUUCCAAUGAAGACGAUGACCAAGCGACCGACUAGACCGACGUCUGCGAUCGUCCAUGUUCCAGAGCCAUUUCCCCGUCGUGGUUCAUUUUCAAACGACGCCAACAGUGGUCUCUAUCCCACUAUUCUUAAAAAGAGAACAAAACAAAAAACAAAAAAAAAGGCCAAAAAAAGAGGACUGCUGUCUUUCUAUGCCAUCCGACGACCAUCGGGUCGCUGUUUCCCCUAGUACGAUAAUGCCCAGGAAGAGGAGGAAUGUGCACAUAUAAGAAUACCACAGGGGACUACGAUACUGAUCGUUUUACGAUAACCCUCUCCAAAAUGUGACCUCGCAAUCUGGUCCCCGCUGGAAAAUGCACAGAGUGG